AUGGCUGGCAACUCCGGAUAUGGAGGUGGAGGUUCUCCCUUCGAGCAGAACUUCGCUCCUGGUGUGCAAUACCCGAGACCUGUGUUCACAAACAGAAGCUCUGCUUCCAGUGUGAACUCGGCGGACAUUCGAAAUGGCCGUCAUGGGGUCAUGGCCAAGUACCUAUACAAGCAGGUCAACAACCACCAAUGGCUUGAGCCUAUGGAAGACGACAUGGGCAACCAGAUCCAAAGUCUGGGCGUCGACCGAGGCGUUGUCCUUCAACGAGACGAUGGCGGCUAUGCUGCCUACCCAAACCAGCUCAAUGAGCAGGUAGUGGAGGCCGUACUACGCCUGGACGUACCCAUUGCCUUCACCAUGUCCUCCGAAGUCACUCAUACUCUGCUACGACAAGUCACCCCUGACCAGACCCAAUAUGGUGACCCUCGAUCUGGCAUCACGUUACCCAUCGUUGAAUCCGUGGAGAGCUUGGCAUCUGGUCGAGUCAGCGUACCAAGAGACGGCUUCAUCUGUCUCUGCAAACGAGAACAGUUCGUGCUCGUCUGGGGCAGCACAGUCGAGUCCAUCCUUGCCCAAGGUACCGACAUCGAGACAUGGCUCGUCGGUCUCGUAUGGGGUCAGCCAGCACCGCAAGCCAGUGCUUCCCCACGCAACUCAAGCCCCUUCGGCGCACGAACCUCGAUGCAUGCACCGCCGGACACAAUGCAUGGCACGCCGAUGGCUGGCUUCACACCAAGCUCAUACAGCGAUCCGGCAUACAACGAGAAAUACGACGUUAUCAAGUCCGCCAUUGCUCGGGAAGAGGAGGGCGACAAGGCAUACGACCCAGAACGAGAUGGAAAGGAGGCACCUAAGCGUCCCUUCCUGCUCGUGCACGCGCUGUGUAUCGGGUUUGCCAUGGUACUCGUCGUCAUUGUCGAAAUGGCUUGUAUAGCCAAGCUCCUUACCGAAGUCAGACUGGACGGCAGCUAUCUUCGCUUCGCUCUCCUGGCCACGGUCCCGAUGUUCUCCUGCUUCUCGCUCUUCUUCAUGAUUGUCAUUACUGGUUCACUCUUCCAGCUCUUCGGCCCAUUGUCUGCUGUUCAGGAGAACAGCAUGUACUACUCCGCCAAAGCCCCCAAGCCUGGUCGCUACAAGGACUACGAGCUCCCACACGUCACGAUCGAAAUGCCUGUCUACAAAGAAGGUCUCAAAGGUGUCAUCAUGCCCACCAUCGAAUCCUGCAUGGCUGCCGUGCGAUACUACGAGGAGCGCGGCGGUACUGCUUCCAUCUACGUCAACGAUGAUGGUAUGCAACUCGUCAAGCCCGAGCUCGCUGAGGCCCGACAGGCGUACUACGAGCUGAACAACAUUGGAUGGUGCAGUCGACCUCCUCACUGCACGGAAGAAGGCGAGAGGUUCUUCCUAAGAAAGGGCAAGUUCAAGAAGGCUUCCAACAUGAACUACUGUCUUGACUUCACCGGCCGUGUCGAAGAUGACUGGCUCGUCAGAAUUGCUGCCGAGUGUGAGAAGCGUGGCUGCACUCAAGCAGACCUCAGUAUCGAAGAAGAAGAGGUCCUGUACGAUGAGGCUCGUGAAUCUCAGAUCGAAGCCGAUGGUGGCAAGACAUGGGCUGCUGGUAACGUCCGCAUGGGCGAAGUCAUCCUCAUCAUCGAUUCCGACACUCGCAUGCCUGAAGACUGCCUUUUGUAUGGCGCUCUGGAAAUGCACGAAUCUCCCGAAGUGGCCCUCCUGCAACACGCCUCCGGCAUUCUGCAAGUCGUCAAUAACGUCUUCGAGAACGGAAUCACCUACUUCACCAACCUGAUCUACACGUCCAUCCAAUUCGCCGUGGGCAGUGGCGAUUGCGCUCCUUUCGUCGGCCACAACACCUUCAUCCGCUGGAAAGCCAUCCAAUCCGUUUCCUGGGAAGAAGACGGCAUGACGAAAUACUGGUCCGAUGCCCACGUCUCUGAGGAUUUCGACGUCUCUCUCCGCCUCCAGAUGCAAGGAUUCGUUGUUCGCUUGGCUACGUAUCACAACGGCGGCUUCAAGGAAGGUGUCUCACUCACUGUCUACGACGAGCUUGCUCGAUGGGAGAAAUACGCCUAUGGUUGCAACGAGCUUGUGUUCCAUCCGCUCCGUUACUGGCCCAUGCGUGGACCUAUAACACCGCUUUUCUGGCGCUUCUUGAGGAGUAACAUCAAGCCUACGAGCAAGAUCACUAUCAUCGCCUAUAUCUUCACCUACUACGCCAUCGCCUCUGCCAUUCCGCUGACACUGGCCAACUACCUCAUUGUCGGUUGGUUCGCGGACAACGUGGAUCAGUUCUACAUUACCUCCUGGAAGAUCUUCGUCGGCAUGGCUGUUGUCUUCAACAUCCUCUCACCUACAGCCUACGCCAUGUUGCGACACAGACUCGGCCAGAAAACUUUUUUCCUUUGUCUCUGGGAAACGAUCAAGUGGACCCCAAUGUUCUUGCUCUUUUUCGGCGGCAUCUCCUUCCACAUGCUCAAAGCUCUCGCUUGCCACGCUUUCAGCAUCAACAUGGAAUGGACUAGUACAGCCAAGGAAUUGGAGUCCUCGGGUUUCAGAAUCGGUCUCGACAGAAUCGUUCGCGAUUUCAAGUGGAUGUACGCUGUUAUUAUCCCCAUGAUGGGUGGCAUGAUCUACCUUGCCGUUGCUGCACCGAGGGAAUGGAGUAUCAGUGAUUUCGCGGCUAUUGUUCCUUUGGCUAAUCAGGUUGGAUGUCACGCUCUGCUACCGUUUGCUCUUGGGUUGUUUUAG